UCGCGUUGGGAGGGGGCCGGAGUCUGUGGAGUAGCUUGUUCGCUACCGCCUGGGCGGGCGAACCCAAAUUUGGGUUUGGAACUCGGGCGGUAAAUCCUGGGGCCUAAACUGAGCUCCUGUUGAAGUAAGGGUGUCAAGGACUGUCAGAGCUGAAACGCGCGGAGGGAGAUUCGCUGGGAGUGUACGGCAGUGCCUCCUGCGGUUUUGUGUUCGUGCGGGAGCCUGCCUGGUUUUGGUGACUGUGUGGACAGCCAGCCGAGUGUGUGCGACGUUGGUUUAUGUAUGACUCUGAGGGUGUUUGUGACCAUGUACUUACCUGACAGGAGAAAGGCUUAUUUCUAUGAUUGUGGGUACCACGUGUGUGACGGGGGUUUAUUUGUGACUGUGAAGGGAGACAGGGCUGUUGUGACAGGGUGUUUGCAUGUGCUUGUGUCACUUUGAGGUUGUAUAGGUGCCUGGUAUCCUCUGUAGAACGGGCUUGCCUGUGAAGUUGACGUGUGUGGCUGUUGCUGAGACAGUUUGUGACUGCUCCUUUCCAUGUGUGUGUUUGUUUGUUUUUCUGCCUAUCUGGGUGCGCCUUGUGUGUGACUGGGAUUGUGCCGUUUUCAGGAAUGUAUGAAGAGAGGAAAAGCGUGUCUGUGAAAGGGUGUUUGGGGCGAUAUGUGUCCCCAACAAGAUGCCUGGGUGUGUUUGUUUAUUCCCUGUGUACAAUUGGAUUUUAUUUACGACUAAGUGCUCAGUAGCCUAACUGAUGGUUAUGACUCUGGUUAAGUGUGGAAAUGUGAUUUUGUUUGACUUUGUGUGGAAUUUGUAUACUCUGUGAUCUUUCAGAAUUUAUUAUGGUACACAAGUAAAAUUUUGUUUGGUAUUUCCAAGGUUUCAUUCUGAGGCUGAGUCUUUCUAUGGAUCAUGAAUCCUGUAUGCUUUUGUUUCCCUGAGGACUUUGAGGGUUGAUUUCUGUUUUAAACAUUCACACAUGACCUGUGUUGCUUCAUUUCUGUAUACAUCACAGUUCACUUUAGAAUUGCAGUUGUAGAAUUACUGCUGCUUCCCAGUGCUCUUAACUUACAGCCUUAAGGGAACUGGAUGCAAGGAAAUGGCAAGAAAAAAGUCAGAAAUUUAAGCCUUUGAGUGAGAAAAAGUUGUUUUCAAGCCCCAAAACAAGUCUUGAGAAUUUUAGAGCUGCUAUCACCUUCCAAGACAGGCUACUUGGAAAUGUGAUGGGUUCCAGUAGUAGAAAUACCUGGAAAGGGAAUGCUAUAGGGAGCCAACCACAUUCUUUACAAACUGUAAACCUGAACUGCAGAGCUGUUUACAGUAAACAGCUUUGAAUCCAGAAAUAAAAUUUAUCUUAAGGCAGCCUAGCCAUGCACCUUCCAAUAGAGUAUAGGACUGUACUAGUCUCCUGACUUUUAUGUUAAAUGAGGGAUACAUUAUGGGGGUGAAGGAAGAGUUUGUUUUUGUUUUGUUUUUUUUAGUAUGGGGGAUCAAACUCGGGUCCUUGCACUUUCGAGGCAAGUGGUGGAACCACUGAGCUAAAUCCCUAGCCCUUGAAGGAAGAGUUUGUGUUCUAAUUAAGAGUAUAUGCCAAGAAAGGCUUAGUUUUGUCAUUUCAUUUUCUUUUUCUGAGAGUAGAGCCAAGAGGAGGAAAGAAUGGCUGUUGCAUAUUCAAAAGCAAAGUUCAAGUUCUGCCUUUUCCAGGCUCUUUGCCUCUCUAAGAUAGGAGCCCGAAAGAAGGUUGAUCAUUUUUUGCAGCUCUAAAAACCAUGUUUCAGAGAUCAGUGAUGUUCAGGGAUGUUGCCAUUGACUUCUCUCAGGAAGAGUGGGAAUGCCUGGACUCUACUCAAAGGGAUUUGUACAGAGACGUGAUGUUGGAGAACUAUAGUAACUUGGUGUCACUAGACUUGCCUUCAAGAUGUGCCAAUAAAGACUUGUCUCAAAAAAAGAACACUAAUGAAAGAGCAUUAUCCCACUGGGAAAUGAAUGGCAGGCUUGAAAACUGUGAGCUUGAUAAGACCAAUUCCAGAGAUUAUUUGGAAUUCAAAAGCAAGUUGGAAAAGCAAGAAAAUCAGAAAGAAUAUUUUGGUCAAGGGAUGAUAACAUAUGACAAAAUGUCUAUUUUCAAUCAGCAUACCUAUUUAUCUCAACAUCCACGAUGUCAUUCUUUGGAGAAACCCUAUAAGUGUAAGGAAUGUGGAAAAGCCUUCCGUCGAGCCUCACACCUAACUCAACAUCAGAGUAUUCAUACAGGUGAAAAACCCUAUGAAUGUAAGCAAUGUGGGAAGGCCUUUAGUCGUGAUUCUCAGCUCAGUCUUCAUCAGAGACUUCAUACUGGUGAAAAACCCUAUGCAUGCAAAGAAUGUGGGAAGGCCUUUACUCAAAGCUCACAACUUAUUUUACAUCAUAGAAUUCAUACUGGUGAAAAACCAUAUAAAUGUGAAGAAUGUGGAAAAGCCUUUAUUCGUAGCUCACAACUCACUCGUCAUCAAAAAAUCCAUACUGGUGAGAAACCUUAUGAAUGUAAAGAAUGUGGAAAGGCCUUUACUCAAAAUUCACAACUUACUCUGCACCAGAGACUUCAUACUGGUGAGAAGCUCUAUGAAUGUAAAGAAUGUAGGAAGGUCUUUACUCAGCUCUCACAACUUAUUCUGCAUAGAAGAAUUCAUACUGGUGAGAAACCUUAUGAAUGUAAAGAAUGUGGGAAGGCUUUUAUUUGUGGUUCACAGCUUUCUCAACAUCAGAAAAUUCAUAAUGGGGAAAAGCCGUAUGAAUGUAAGGAAUGUGGAAAGGCCUUUAUUCGGGGCUCACUCCUAAUGCAACAUCAAAGAAUUCAUACUGGGGAAAAACCCUAUAAGUGUGAAGAAUGUGGGAAGGCCUUUAUCCGUGGCUCACAACUUACUCAACACCAGAGAAUUCAUACUAAUGAGAAGCCUUAUGAAUGUAAGGAAUGUGGAAAGACAUUUAGCCAUGGCUCACAGCUUACUCAACACCAGAGAAUUCAUACUGGUGAAAAGCCCUAUCAAUGUAAGGAAUGUGGGAAGGCCUUUAAUCGUGGCUCACUCCUUACUCGACAUCAGAGGAUUCAUACUGGUGAGAAACCGUAUGAAUGUAAAGAGUGUGGAAAAACUUUUAGUCGUGGCUCAGAACUUACUCAACAUGAAAGAAUUCACACUGGUGAGAAACCCUAUGAGUGUAAGGAAUGUGGAAAGUCUUUUAUUCGUGGUUCACAGCUUACUCAACAUCAAAGGAUCCAUACUGGUGAAAAACCUUAUGAAUGUAAAGAAUGCAGAAUGGCCUUUACUCAGAGUUCACAUCUUUCUCAACAUCAGAGACUUCAUACUGGUGAGAAGCCCUAUAUAUGUAAUGAAUGUGGAAAGGCCUUUGCUCGUGGCUUAUUGCUUAUUCAACAUCAGAGAAUUCAUACGGGUGAGAAACCAUAUCAGUGUAAGGAAUGUGGAAAAGCCUUUAUUCGUGGUUCACAGCUCACUCAACAUCAACGGAUUCACACUGGAGAAAAACCCUAUGAAUGCAAGGAAUGUGGAAAGGCUUUUAGUCAUGGCUCUCAACUUACUCUACAUCAGAGAAUCCAUACUGGAGAGAAGCCCUAUGAAUGCAAAGAAUGUAGAAAGGCCUUUACUCAGAGUUCACAUCUUUCUCGACAUCAGAGAAUUCACACUGGUGAGAAACCAUAUCAGUGUAAGGAAUGUGGAAAAUCCUUCACUCGUGGUUCACAACUUACUCAACAUCAGAAAAUUCACACAGAUGAGAAACCCUAUGAGUGUAAAAAAUGUGGAAAGGCCUUUAGUCAGAGCUCACAAUUUAUUCAACAUCAGAGAAUUCAUAUUGGUGAAAAAUCUUACGAAUGUAAAGAUUGUGGGAAAUUUUUUAGUUGCGGUUCACAUGUUACUCGACAUCUAAAAAUCCAUACUGGUGAAAAACCCUUUGAAUGUAAAGAAUGUGGAAAGGCCUUCAGUUGUAGCUCAUACCUUUCUCAACAUCAAAGAAUUCAUACUGGUAAGAAACCAUAUGAGUGUAAAGAAUGUGGGAAAGCCUUUAGUUAUUGCUCAAAUCUCAUUGACCAUCAACGCAUUCACACCGGUGAAAAACCAUACAAAUGUAAAGUAUGUGGGAAAGCCUUUACUAAAAGCUCACAACUCUUUCAACAUGUGAGAAUUCACACAGGUGAAAAACCCUAUGAAUGUAAGGAUUGUGGCAAAGCCUUUACUCAGAGCUCAAAGCUAGUUCAGCAUCAGAGAAUCCAUACUGGAGAGAAACCCUAUGAAUGUAAGGAUUGUGGCAAAGCCUUUACUCAGAGCUCAAAGCUAGUUCAGCAUCAGAGAAUCCAUACUGGAGAGAAACCCUAUGAAUGUAAGGAAUGUGGCAAAGCCUUUAGUAGUGGCUCAGCACUUACUAAUCAUCAGAGAAUUCACACUGGUGAGAAACCCUAUGAUUGUAAAGAAUGUGGGAAGGCUUUUACUCAGAGCUCACAACUUCGUCAACAUCAAAGAAUCCAUGCUGGUGAGAAACCUUUUGAAUGUCUCGAAUGUGGGAAGGCCUUUACUCAGAACUCACAACUUUUUCAACAUCAGAGAAUCCAUACAGAUGAAAAACCAUAUGAAUGUAAUGAAUGUGGAAAGGCCUUUAAUAAAUGCUCAAACCUUACUCGCCACUUGAGAAUUCAUACAGGGGAAAAGCCCUAUAACUGUGAGGAAUGUGGGAAGGCUUUUAGUAGUGGCUCAGAUCUCAUUCGCCAUCAGGGAACUCAUAUUAAUGAAUAAUAGAAAUUAUAGCUCUUGUCACCUUCUUAACAUUUUAAAGAAAAAUUGAUAUUUGAUAGUUACCCUUUUCCACUAUAUUGUUUAUUUUAUAUUUAAUUUUGCAGUCCAAAUGAAUUUCAUUUAGGUUAUGAAUUCAGAGUAUAAAUUGACAUCCUCCAGUCUUGUAUCAAUGCAAAUUAUACAAAAAUUAUUUCCCCAUUGUUUGGAGAUGCAUUAUAUUCUUGUUUAUACAGUAGACUGUCAAGUUACAACUGGCCUAAUAUAUGAACAACUUGGGUUAAUUAGGUUAAUGGAAGAGUCAUCUGCCUCUUGUUAUCUAAACCAUGUACCCAGGUAAACAUCAGAUCUCAGCUAUAUUGACUUACAUCCAGUUUGAGUUACAACAAGCCCUUGGGAACUGAUUGAAUUCCUAAAUCAAGGGUCCACUGUAUUUGCUUAUGUUUUUAGGAUGUUCUUCUCUUUUUCUGAUCUAUAUAUUUGUGCUUGUACCAGUAUCACACUGUUUUGUGUGGCAUUUGAUAAUUUUAAAUUCUUUGUGGAAUUAUAAUUUUGUUUAUGAAGUCAGUAUUAAUCUUUUUUUCAUUUCACUAGUUUUUCUUUUUAUCAGUGAACAUUGAAAAUCAGAAACUAAAAGUAAAAAUUAAUUGUAAUCAUACUAUCGACUAUGCUCAGUUUCACAGAGCAAAUUCUUCUAAACUCUGAUUUUUAAGGAAAUAUAUUUUGGUAUGCAUGCUGUACCUUUACCUGCUUUUAUCAUGCCAAAAGUCAUGGUUGCCAUUUCAACAAAUACAAAUUUUAUUUUUAAUACAUGCUUAGUAACUUUAAAAUGGCUGUUAUUCAUGUUAUGGUUGCCUCUACAUUUUUGUAAUUAUAAAAGUUGUCUUCAUUAGUAAAACCCAAAAUUUAUCUCUGGAUGCUUGGGGGUUUUUUCUUUUAAAACAUUUAUUUUAAUUGCUGAAGUUAUCCAUAUUUUCUCCUUACAAACUAUUUUGUUCCUUUUCAUUAACUCAAAUCCUAAGGCCAUGAGAAAUGUAGUUACUGUUAUGAAAGUGUUGUUUAUUUUUCCAUAUAUUUAAAUUUUUUCUCAUACAUAUUAGUGGUGUUUUAUUUCUUAUGUCUAAAUAUAUACAGUCACAUGUAUGCAUUGGUUUACUGUGAGAAAUCAAUGAAUAAAUGUAGGGUUCUUAUACCUCUAUCAGAUAGUAUAUGUUUAAUAAAAGUUUUUCUAGGGGCUGGGGAUUUAACUUAGUGGUGCUGUCACCUGCCUUGAAAGCACAAGGUCCUGAGUUCAAUCCCCAGUACCAAAAAAAAAAAAGUUUUUUUCUAUUAUUAUUGAUAUAAUUAUCAUAAUUAUCUUCAUUAUGAUUUGUGGAAAAGAUUUUAAUCAUGUUGCCUUCAAUCAGAGUUCAUAAUGGAAAAAGAGAAAUAGUUGUAGUAACUAUAGGAAAGACUCUUUCCUCCAACACUGCUAUUAUUCAGGAUGGAAUUUAAUAAGGAAAAAAGUAUAUAUGGGUUGUGUUUAUUCAGGCUUCAUCUUUUAUGCUGUACAAACAAUACCAGUCAGAAAUCUUAACGAUAGAAUGAUGGAUAAUUGAAAUCACAGCUGUCAAAACAGCAAGAAGAAGUGGGUGUGGUAGCGAACACCUGUAAUCCCAGCAAUCAGGAGGCUGAGGCAGGAGGGUCUUCAUGAGUUCAAGGCCAGCCUGAACUACAUAGUAAGACAGUGUCUCAAAACAACAAAAAAACACCACUACUACCACCACCACCACCACCAAAACAGCAGAAAAAAAUAAGAACAUUUUUCCUAAUUUUUUUCAAAGAAGGAAAAAGCAUACAGGUCACAUUCUUUGGCCAGAAUGGGGAAAACGGUAACAAGGGAGCCAUCAAAUAUCUGAGUAUCAAUUUAAUAUUCCUUCUUAAGUGGGCCAAGGGAAAAAAUCUCUGUAUUCAUAUUCAAAUGUGAAUGAAACAGAAUUAAAAAAAAAAACCAAAAUAGCAGUGAAAGCUGUAUUGUUAGCAUAUGUGGUGGUACUCAUCUGUAAUUUCAGCACUCUGGGAGGCUGGGGCAGGAGGAUCAUAAGUUUGAGUCUAGACUGGGCAAUUUACCAAGACCUUGUCUCAAAAAAAGCUGGGGAUGUAGCUCAGUGUGAAGGCUCUGCUCAGCCCCCAGUAUUUAAAAAAAAACAAACCCAAAACUACAUUACAGGUUUUAAAACCCAAUAUUCAUGAAGAUAUUAAAAUGUUACAAAAAUACUGAUAAAAUCAAUUUAGAAUCUAAAGAAGUAAAACAAGCAAAAGUGAAUUGUGGGAGGAGAAAGAUAUUAAUUACAAAAAGCAGAAAUAAGUACCUAAAACAAAAUGUAGUUAUUUGAUGGAAAACAGAAAAAGACAAGCUUUAGUGAUUUGGUGGUGAAAUAAAAAUGAAUGACGUUGAGAAUGAGAAAUUGAAGUGAGUACAUUGAAACUGAAAGAACUGUUACUUUUUGUUUGAUAAAAAUGUUGUGGAAACGGUGUAGAUCAUGUAACUUUAUCAAUAUGCUAAAAGUCACUAACCUAAACACUUUCUUUUUUGAGACAGGGUCUCACUUUGUGCAGACUGGCCUUGAACUCAAUAUGUAGCCCAGGCUGGCCUUGAACUUACAGCAAUUCUCCUGCCUCAGCCUCCCAAGUGCUGGGAUUACAGGCAUGUGCCACCACACUUGGUUUAAACUAAACACUUUAAAAGUAUGACUAUUAUGGUGACUUGUAGCCAAGUAAAAAACUUAAAAAAUGGUGUGCCUGUAGCCAGAUAUGGUGGCAUAUACCUGCACAAAGCAAGACCCUGCCUCAAAAAUAAAGUGUUUAGGUUAGAGGUUUUUAGCAUAUAAAAAACUAGUCAGUUUGGGAAAUUUGGCUUUCUCUCUAAUCUUGAUUCCUCAGAAGGCAAGAUAUAAAGGGCUUAACUUUUUCAUAAGAAUAUAGAACUUUAACUUGAGUAACUCCAUUUUUAUUUUUGGCAUAGUCUGUUGGGAGCUAGCACAGGAGCUCAGUCCAAAACAAUGGCCUCCAUUUGGCAUAAUAAUGAAUUUUCUUUUCCUUUAAUCUUCACAAAAACAAAAGCAAAAGCAAAAUACUCAGAAGUAACCUGAUGUUAAUUAGGUUUUUUUCUUUCUUCUCUCUCCCUGUCUUCCUUUUCAAGGAAAGUAACUCUGAUAUGACCAUCUGAUUUUCCUUUCUUGUUUACUUCAGCCUGUUCUUUUGUCUAUAACCAACCUCCUCUUCUUGGUUCAUUGGAAUGUUUAUUCUGAUUUAUAAAGUGUUGCCCAAUUCUAGAAUCAAAAAUAAAGCCAACUGUAAAUUAUUUGUCCAUUGACAAUAGUAAGGAAUA